CAGCAGAGCGGGUAGAAUAGCGACAGACCUCACAGGGAAUAAGAGCUGCUGAACUCGCCGACUUAAAGACUGAAGUUAUGAGUUUAAUAUGGCUGAUAAGGGUCCGUUUUUAACGUCAUGUAUUAUUUUCUACUUGUCGAUCGGGGCCGCGAUAUUCCAGAUUCUCGAGGAGCCAAACUGGAAAUCAGCCAGAGAGGAAUAUAUCCUACAGAAGGAAAGGAUUUUGAGGAACUAUGGCUGCUUGACAAAAGAAAGUCUGGAUGAGAUUAUACAGGUUGUGUCAGAUGCUGCGGGCCAAGGUGUGACCAUCACCGGGGAGAAACAUCUCAACACGUGGGACUGGGGGAACUCUGUCAUCUUUGCUGCUACUAUUGUCACCACUAUAGGUUAUGGUAAUGUUGCUCCGAAGACUAAAGGUGGUCGUGUGUUCUGCAUCCUGUACGGUCUGUGUGGGAUCCCCCUGUGUCUGGUAUGGAUAAGCGAGCUGGGUUCGUUCUUCGGAGACCGGGCCAAACGUUUGUCCCAGGUUAUGAUCCGUAAAGGCAUUUCAGUGAAAAAGGUCCAGUUAACCUGUACAGUCUUAUUCCUGUUAUGGGGGCUGAUCGUGCACCUGGUGAUCCCUCCAUUUAUUUUCAUGUCUCUGGAAGGGUGGAGCUACUUAGAAGGCCUCUACUUCUCUUUCAUCACUCUCACUACAGUUGGUUUUGGAGAUUAUGUGGCAGGAGUAAAUCCAAACAUGGACUACCCCAGACUGUACAGAGUGUUUGCAGAGUUAUGGAUCUACAUGGGCCUGGCCUGGCUGUCUCUGUUCUUCAGCUGGAACGUCCACAUGGUGGUGAAAGCUCACAAGGUGCUAAAGAAAAGAAGACACAGGCACAGACGCUUCUACGACGAGGAACCCCCGCCCGAAGAGGAGAAGCACAGCCCAGGAAUAAAGCCGGACGUCAUCGACAUCUUCAACUUCCUAUCAGAGAAGGACGACGACGACUACAGCACUGUCAUCAAGGAGAUAGGAACCACAGCAAGUAGAAAGCCUGCAGACAACAUAAAUCGCUCCAAGAGCUGCAGUGACAUCUUGGUCACUAACAUCCAGACCCUGGAUCGCUCGCCGCGGCACAGACGCAUGAUCAGCAUCAGUGAAGUGUUCAUGAACGCAGAGGCCGUCGUGCACAAAGAUGAACACAAGGUGCAUCCUCUGAGUCCUCUAAUAAAAGAAAGCAGCGAAGACCCUGAACCUGCAGAGUGCGUGAAGACGGACAAAGAGGAAAACAAGGACAGUCCUGAAUCUGAUUCAGAGACUGCGGGUAUCAACUUCACUGUAGCUCCUGAGAAUGCUACAGAGGAGGAAAGGGUACAGCAUCCUGAUGGUGGUGGAGGGACUAGAUUUACAAUAUCAAAGGUUGUAGAGGAAGAUUUGUUAGUUGAUAAGGAUGAAAAAGGGUAAAAGAUCUUCUCUAAAAGUCCUUUACUUUUACCAGAAAUGUGGAAAUAGUGUUGUGUGAAGGAGUUUUAGAUGAAAAUAUUAUAAAUACUGUAAUGUAUAAAAAACAAAGUGCAUUUCAUAAAAAUGAUUCUAAAUGAAUGUUAGACAGUAUACUGCUUUAAAAUGACAUGCACUCAGUGAGCCAUCAGGUAAAAUACUACUCUUCGUUUGCAAAUUGUGAAUCAAGAUUUUAUUUAUUUUUCCUCCUAUAUCCAUCCAUCGCUUUUCUUACAACAUUUCUAUUCUUGAUGACCCUCGAUGCAGAACGCAGAUUAUUUCAAAUCACAAUACAGGGCUUUGUGGAAAACAGAGCCAAUUAGCAACUUCCCCUCGUAGGGAACUGCUACAGAGGAGGCCUGGAGCACGUGGCCCUUAUCAGCGUACUCCUGGGUCACCACAGGCUGCACUGAGUGAAUGUUCUUGAUCCGGAUGACCUGAAGGAAAACAGGAAUAAAGUCAUCAGGCAAAUUAAAUAACAAUUGUGAUGCCCGUCAUCAGGAUUUUGGCUGACCGGGGAGGGUCAGCUGAAUAUGCUUACCAGGGUCCAUAGGGUGUAAAAAAAAAUUGCACUCUGUCUUUUCCUAAACACUUUCCUUGAACUCGAUGGAAAAAGUCAUGAGGUCAGGGAAAGAUGGAAAGACUUGAUAAGGACUAAUGAUCCACCCGAGGUCAACCGUGGUGCUGAGAGAAUGAAUAUAAUCCCACUGCACUUACACUAAGUUACAUAAUUAUGCAACUGCAUUUUGUUAUUGAUAUCGCUCUGCUGUGGUGAAACUAGUGUUCCAAAGAUGGACUAUUAAAAACACAUUUUAGAUACUUCGCCCUGUGUGUUCUUACCAUGCUGAAAAUACUACUUCAUUACCAAGGUUGGAGGGAAUGGUUAAUCAUGCUCACCUUCCUGUCCACUCAUAUUAACUUAUCCUUUGUUUGCCUGAAAGGCACGUCAUUUUAAAUGUUGCUGAGGGAACUGUGGAAAGACUUUAUCGCCUUUCCUUUUGUAAAGGAUGAUCAAGUGUACCCUUUGCUAAAGGAUACAAGAAAGGAAGCACCUUCAGCAUGUAUAGAAUUCAGCCAGCUCUUAUCAUGGCUGACACUUUGAUACUUCCAGCUCAUUUCACUCAGUGAGAAAAAAAAAAGAUUAUUUGAUUAUUUGUUCAUUCUGUCAUCCUGUUUUGCUUUUGUACAUCAGCACCUCCACAGCUGACAUGACACAUAACCACAUUGCUCGCAUUGUUGUUAUUGCUGAUCUAAACUCUCUUGUUCAUUUGUGUUGACCUUAAUAAAUUAUAUUUGUUUUAAGAAUAA